GACGAGCAUCGUUGAACCGGCGAUACAUGUAGACGAGCCGGUUUGAUCGGUGGAGCUCAAAGUCUCCAUUGCGCUCUGCAGAAUUGGUACAUGUAUCUCCGCGGCUGAGCGCUUUGCCCUGAGUUGUAGCACUUGUAGUUGCAGUAGCAGCGGCCAUGAUAUCCACGAGAGAAUGCUGGCAAAUAACUCAUUUGAAAACGAGUUGAAGGUGCCUCGGCAGAAGCGGCUUGGAGACCAAAAUGCAACCGGAAGUGAGAUAUUUAGCUGCACGCAGCACUAUCCAGCUCCGGCAUUGGGAAUAGCGCAACGGAUUCUGGCGUACUGGUGGGGCGCUACCAAGACUGUUUGCCGUCCGUGUGUGUUCGCGUCGGAAACGUCAAAGUGCUGGUGUUUCUCGGUGUCCGGUGUUGUGUCGCGAUCAGCUCGGAGCUCUAUUACAACAUGCGCCACUGACUAUCGUCGUCGCUGGCUCCGUGCUCAUCGUGUCUAUUGCCGUAUUCGAGUCGGGAAAACUCGUCAGCGGCACGAGACAAACAGCACGCACUUGGGGGCACUUGGAAUCGGAGCGAGGAGUGAUUAUCCUGUAUUCGGACCCAUGCAGAAAAGCAAAUGGUGUUGCUGAAUUAACUCGUCGGAUGAUCAGCUUAUCCGCUUGGUUUUCUCCAGCACUUCAACGUCGCUGGUGAAGACGAGGCGCCGGCUUGUCGGUGCUUGAAGUUGUUGUCGUCUGAACUUUGGCCCGCGUUACAGUACAGUCGAUGAAGGUGCAUCCGAUCGAUGCAAAAAAACUCUUGAUCAUCUGCUCCAGGACGCCAGCUCGAAGACGAUUCAAGUCGCUUUUGCAGCAGGUGCCGCGGUCUACCAGCUAACGUGAAGAGCAAAGCAAACUAAUACUUGCAUUUCAUAGAGAGAGACCUUUGAAUCCGGUCGGAGGCAGACCGAAGCAACGCAAAAGAUAGGACGACCGGUACAGCCGGCAGCUCGACAAUCGAUCGCCCGCUUGUCAACUUUUUGCCGUGCACGCGCCAUCGUCAGCACUUGUGCACGGCGGACUUCCCUAACCCACCACUUGCCUGUCGCUUGCCAAUGCAAGUGCACCCGAUACAAAACUUGGUUGCCAUUCCCAUUUGCAAAUUUGCUACGCCUGCACCACUCACUCACCCGAAAGCAACAACAGUCAAGUGGCAAUUGUUCCCCCCCCCCCCAUCUUUUUAGUGUUUUGAGUUUCGCCGUUGGUAAAUGGGCAUCGAAAUGGCCACACCCUUCCAAUCCGAGACGUACGAGACGCUAGGACAGGCCUGGAUCUGGCCCAACAAGCAGCAACAGGUUGAUGCCUCUGCCAGCACAGCGGCGCGCACCGCCUCCCUUAAGCGCCGCACGGGCGCGCAACGCGCACUGCGAAAAAGUUGCAGCGAGCGUCCUCUGAAUUCGCCCGUGCGCGGUAUGGAAUUACUCACCUCAACAGGCAGCGCCAAUGUGUUGGACGUGGACGACAGCAACACCGUGAACCCCGCGGACGAGGACGACGAGCAGCGACGCCUACGCAUCACUGCGCGGGCCGAAGAGAUUUUGCGUGGCAAACGUUGCGUUGGAAUGUUGGUCGGUGCAACUUGCCCCGUGUGCCUCACGGAUGACGUUGACACGCAACUAUCCGAGUGUGGCCACCUCAUCCACGCCAAGUGCAUCAAGCGAUGGAUUCAAUCGGGCACGUGCUGCCCUGUGUGUCGCGAGGAGGUCGUGGACGUCGAAGAAGCAUUUACGUCUCCUGCCAAAAUGUUGCACCCCAUGACAAAGGACCGUCUCACUUCGUCCUCUGAAGCGACGUGUCUUCCUGAAGACGAAGAGGACAACCGAACCGAAGAUGCCGGUUACGACUGGGGGUGGUUCGAAGACUUUGACGAUACCGACGACGUCUCGGACAACAGCAGCGAAAUGUUUUACUCGUCACGCCGCUCCUUGCCAAACUUCCCAGCCUCGGCCAGUGUGCAGUCAAUGACGCCCAUGAUGAACCGAGAAAUGUCGAGAAAUUUCGACAUGUGUCGGACAUUUCCGCCACUCCAUGAGGCUUAUGACACUCCGUAUCAUCAGAGCAAAUACUCGUGGCUACGGGUGUUGCCGUCACACCGCCACAUUGCCGCAAACAUUCAGAUCCGCAGCUUCCGUAUCGUGGAGGCCAAAAACUCCAAGGCGCAACACGCCGAGUACCUCAUCGAGAUGCAACUGGACGGCCGCUACUUCAGCCGCUGGCGCCGGUUCUCGGAGAUCUACCGCUUCGUGUGCACAUUGGAUCAGAACCGGUUCCGACAGACUCUGGCGGCGUGGCAGCCUCUCGACGCUAACAGCCGCUGGUUCAACCGCCUCGAGCUCAGCUACCUGCACAAACGGUGCCGCAUGCUCGAGGAGUUCGCCCACGCUCUGCUGAUCGAGUGCUCCAACGCCCACCCGCUCGCUGAGCUGGUCGAGUGCUAAAACAACUAAAGGCACCGACCCAAAGUAACUUAUAUAUGCAGAAAAGUUUUGCACGCUAUGUAGAUAAAAGUACCUAGACGAGAGUAAUAGAGAUAGAAGACAAUGAAAUACACACCCAACUACACACCAACAAGGUAUUGUUGCGACGGGCACUAGAGGAAUUCCGAGAGCCGAAAGGAAUGCGAGACA